GAAAAAAGAUACUUAAUUGUAAGAUGAUAGGUGUAAAUGAUUUUUACAAAGUAAUGUGUGCAAUGGUUCCAUUAUACUUUGCUAUGAUAGUGGCAUAUGGUUCAGUAAAAUGGUGGAAGAUAUUCUCGCCGGAGCAAUGCUCCGGCAUCAACCGUUUCGUCGCGGUAUUCGCCGUUCCAGUGCUAUCCUUCCACUUCAUCUCUCAAAACAAUCCUUACCAAAUGGACACAAAAUUCAUAUUGGCUGAUACUUUGUCAAAGAUUUUGGUUCUUGUGUUGCUCUCAGUUUGGGCCAUUUGUAAAGGGCAGUUGGAUUGGCUUAUCACUCUUUUUUCUGUUUCAACUUUGCCUAAUACUUUGGUUAUGGGCAUUCCUUUGCUUAAUGCCAUGUAUGGUGAUUUCACUCAAAGCCUCAUGGUUCAACUUGUUGUACUUCAAUGCAUUAUAUGGUAUACUUUAUUAUUGUUCUUGUUUGAAUAUAGAGCUGCCACAAUAUUAAUCAAAAAUCAAUUCCCCGGCAAUGUUGCUGCAUCCAUAACAAAAUUCGAGAUCGACAAUGACGUCAUCUCACUAGACGGCCGGAAUCCACUUUGUACGGAAUCAGAAAUCAACGGUAACGGACGUAUCCACGUCCGUAUCCGUCGAUCCACGUCAUCGGCACCGGAAUCCGCAUUUUCAUCCUCUAUAGGAAUUACACCUAGGGCAUCAAAUCUCUCCAAUGCUGAAAUCUUCUCCGUUCACACGCCUUUACAUAACGGGGAUAUCCCGUUCGGGCACGGGGACCUGGGCGUUGGGUUUCGUGCAGCGAGUCCUCGCUUAUCUGGCGGGUACGCUUCUUCAGACGCGUACUCGCUGCAGCCGACGCCCAGGGGCUCGAAUUUCAAUGAAUUGGAUACAAUUACUGUGACAACAAGUGGGAAUACCCCAAUGUGGGUGAUGUCCCCAGUGGCGGGUAAGGUGUUUAAGCAGGCGUCUCCAUCUAGUAAAAUGGCGUGGGAGUCGUCAUGUCUAAAUGGAGAGAGACAAGGGUACAGAGAUGAUGUUGGAGAAAAGGAAAUCAGCUUCAGAGAUAUAUCAAAUUUCCCAGUGCAAGAAGUUGGAGCUGCAGAUUCAUUAAAUACAAAUAAUAUUAUUAAACAAGAAAUGCCAAAUGCUUUAGUCAUGCUAAGGCUCAUUAUCGUUAUGGUUGGGAGAAAACUUUCUCGUAAUCCAAAUACUUAUUCCAGUAUUUUAGGACUUCUAUGGUCUCUUAUCUCAUUCAAAUGGAAUGUGGGGAUGCCAAGUUUGGUAAAAUAUUCCAUUAAAAUAAUUUCAGAUGCAGGCCUUGGGAUGGCAAUGUUCAGUUUAGGGUUGUUCAUGGCAAUUCAACCUCGAAUAAUUGCGUGUGGUACUAAGAUGGCAACAAUAGGGAUGGCCAUAAGAUUUAUAGGUGGACCUCUAGUAAUGUCAGCCGCUUCUAUUGCCGUUGGACUUAAAGGAGUUCGACUUCAUACCGCAAUUGUACAGGCAGCUCUUCCCCAAGGAAUCGUUCCAUUCGUCUUUGCUAGAGAAUAUGGGUUGCAUCCAGACAUACUAAGUACAGGGGUUAUAUUUGGGAUGUUGGUUUCAUUACCAGUAACCCUUCUUUAUUAUGUCCUAUUGGGGCUAUAAAAGAAAAAAUAUUAAGAAAAUCUUUGGCCCCCCAUGCGGAUAAUUAUGGUGUAUUUACUUUGAUCUAACCAGCACUUUGACAAGUAAUUAUAUAUUUAGAGUUCUCAUACAUGGAUCAAGUUUCUUUUCUUGGGUUCCAAUUUUGUAAAAGUUAUGAAGAUUAUUGACUUAUGAAAGUUAAAUCAUCACUAUUAUUAGUGUCCACUUAGAUAGUGAUAGAAAAAUUAUGUAAAAGAUCCUUUGGGCCAAGAAAUUUACUGUUUUCUUUACUUUCUUUAGUGCAAUAUAAUAUAGUUUAGUGGUAACCGAAAGGGAAUAAAUUGUUACUAUGUUAUUGUAAUUUGUAACCAUACUUAUUUCUCUCUCAUAUUAAAAGAGUGAACAAGUAGCUCAAUAGUUGACAUA